GCCAUUGUAAAUAAACAAAUCAACAUCCCGUGAGGAGUCACCUGACAUGACUUGUGAGGGGGCGUGUAUUUAUCCACGUUAUAAAUUCACUUAAAUUGUACGCACCGAGGAACACGAACUGUACCUCAAAGCGAAACUAGCAUGGCAACUGUUAUGAACCCUGGUAUCCCCUAUGUGGGCGGAAUUCCCGGAGGGAUGAGGGACGGACGUCAAAUCGUCAUCAACGGGACGGUGCCCCACCACGAGCACAGUUUUUCAAUCAACCUACAAACUGGCCCAAACAUAAAUCCCCGCUCCAACACCGCCCUCCACUUCAACCCACGGCUAAACGACAACUGUGUGGUCAGGAACAGCUACCAGCACCACAGCUGGGGAGGGGAGGAGAGGGGCGGGUACCAGCCCUUCCAGAGGGGGAUGCCCUUUGAAAUCACCAUACUUUGUCAGCAUCAUCAUUACAAGAUUUCCGUGAAUGGUAGACAUUUUUGCGACUUCCGCCACAGGGUCGAGAAACAUCACGUAAACACUCUGACGAUAGAGGGCGGUGUUCAGAUCCACAGCAUCCGGUUUGAUGGAGCACAUAGCCACGCCCAUGGUGUAGGGGGAUUUCUUGGUCGUGUAGUUGGAGAGAUUGCGAAGGCCGCCAUGCCCACACCCCCGCCGCCCGCCGGAGCCUACAACCCGUCCGGAGGGUAUCCGGCCGGGGGAUACCCGGGAGGAGCACCCCAGCCUAUUUAUAACCCCCCGGUGCCCUUUACUACGGCAAUUUCUGGAGGCAUUUUCCCUGGUAAAAUGAUUUUCAUUAGCGGAGUUCCAAAUCCAAAUGCGGAGAGAUUCACCAUCAACUUGAUGUGCGGUCCCUAUGACGGUAGUGACAUCGCUCUGCAUUGUGACGCACGCCUCCGCGUUGGCAGCGAGGUUGACGUUUUCGUGAGGAAUUCUUUCAUGGGCGGUGGCUGGGGAGGUCAGGAGACACACAGCCCAAAUUUUCCCUUCAUGCCUAAUGGCAGCUUUGACAUGAUCAUACUUGCAGAGAAAGACAAAUUCAAGAUUGCUGUCAACAACCAGCACUUGGUGGAGUACAACCAUCGUCUGCAACCACUGAAAAAAAUCGACACCUUGAAGAUCACGGGUGAUGUCCGAAUAAAACAAAUCCGCUUUCAGUAAUGACGUCAUUGGUUAAACGUUGUCGUGUUCAUCUGACUACUAGUAUAUUCUGUAGUUACAAAACAAAUAAUGUGGCCGACUUGUUCACUCCAUAUUAACAAAAAACAAUCAUGGAAAAUAAUAGGGUUUUUUUCUUUUUCUUUUGAGGAUAUUUUGAUACAUAUAAUAGAAAUGGGUUUGUUGGGGUGAAGGUGAGUGGCGUUUGUUGUUGUUGUUGUUGUUAUUGUUGUUUAAGGUGUUUGUUGGGUUUUUUAAUUAAAGAAAUAAUAGGAUGAUAUGCCGAUGGAAUAUUUUAUAAAAUUUAAUAAAACUUCUUAUGGAUCUUUUU